UCCUGUGUCUCCGAUACACGGCGCGGUGGUGAAAUAGUUGAACGUUAGUUCAACGGGGUUUUGAUCGAGAGUUUUGUACGAGUCGUGGGCAGCUACUGAGGUCAGUCGGCGUGCACGGUUGGUUUUCUCAGCAGUGAUAGAACCAGGACUUUAUGAUAAGAUUGCCUAGAUUUCCGAUCGAUUCGCUCCCGACUGACCGCUGAACUGCUGGACAAGUUACCCACAGCCAGGCGCCUCGGAUUGUUUGGAGGUUGAACAGAGGCUACGAUCACACCAAAAAAAAGUCUGGAAAGAACAACAGAUUGAAAGAAAAAAAUAGGAAAUUGAAUGCCCCUUGGAUGUUCUGCUCUGUGGACCCGAGUGAUCUCAACAACGUUCACAAUGUGCUUCACCAACAUGGAUGUGAAAGAUGGAUACAUUAUUAGGUGUCAUGGCUUAGAGGAUCUUUUAAGAGCAAAGCUCUGAGAUUCUAGUGAAAUUCCACCCUCAUUGCUCGCAUUCUCCAGUCAUCUGCCAAGGACACCACUGUUGCUCUUCAGCCUACUCGUUAUUGGUCAACUCCAUCAGUGCUGGUGCACAGAGGCACGGACAUCUGCAGUUACAAGUGCUUGUCCCAAAAGUGCUGCCAGGCUGUUUGAGAAUGAACCGCUUUCACUUAUUCACCAUUAUGCUGUUUGAAGUCUGCGUUCUACUGCUCCCUCUGACUAAAGCUGGUCAGAACCCAGACCAUGUGCUGCAGGGGGCCGGCGGCAAGUUCAGCUCAGACUCCAGAAGACCAGCCCCUGGUUCGACAGUGGAGCCCGAGGAUGCCCCACGUUUCCUCAGCUGUUACUGCUCAGGCCACUGCCCAGAGGAUGCCAAGAACAACACCUGCAUGACAAAUGGUCAGUGCUUUGCCAUCAUUGAAGAAGAUGAAAAUGGAGAAGUGUUCUUAAGCUCUGGCUGCAUGAAGUAUGAAGGCUCCCAUUUCCAGUGCAAGGAUUCACAGUAUGCCCAGGCAAGACGAACUAUUGAGUGCUGUCAGUCUGACUUCUGUAAUCAUGAUCUAAAGCCUGAACUUCCUCCACGAGAGCCAGAGGUAUUUCUUGCCCCUCACUGGCUGGCCCUGCUCAUCUCUGUUACUGUGUGUUGCUUUACUCUCGUCUGCAUCACUGUGGUCUGUUACUACAGGUAUAAGUGGCAAACGGAGAGGCAGCACUACCACAGAGACUUGGAGCAGGCUGAAGCCUUCAUUCCUCCCGGAGAAUCUAUCAAAGACCUCAUCUACCAGUCUCAGAGCUCAGGCAGUGGCUCUGGGCUCCCCCUGCUGGUGCAGCGUACCAUAGCCAAGCAGAUCCAGACGGUGCGUUUGAUUGGGAAAGGCCGCUGUGGUGAGGUGUGGUUGGCCCGGUGGAGAGGGGAGAAGGUGGCUGUGAAAGUGUUUUGCACUCGUGAAGAAGCCAGCUGGUUCAGAGAGACCGAGAUCUACCAGACCGUGCUUAUGAGACAUGAAAAUAUUUUGUGCUUCAUAGCAGCAGAUAUAAACGGUACAGGAGCCUCCUCCCAGAUGUACCUCAUCACAGACUACCAUGAAAACGGCUCUCUGUACGAUUACCUGAAGUUCACCACCCUGGACACCCAGGCCUUGCUGAAACUUGCCUACUCUACAGCAUGCGGUCUGUGCCACCUUCACACCGAGAUCUAUGGCACACAUGGCAAACCAGCCAUCGCUCACCGGGAUCUGAAGAGCAACAACAUCCUUGUCAAGAGAAAUGGCACCUGCUGCAUCUCUGACCUGGGAUUGGCUGUCAAAUUUAACAGAGACAGUAAUGAAGUUGACAUCCCUCUGAGCACGCGUACAGGAACCCGGCGCUACAUGGCUCCAGAGGUCCUCGCCGAAAGCCUGAACAAGAACCACUUCCACGCCUACAUCAUGGCCGACAUAUACAGCUACGGGUUGGUUUUGUGGGAGAUGGCGAGACGCUGCAUCACAGGAGGGAUAGCUGAGGAGUACCAACUUCCUUAUUAUGACAUGGUCCCUUCAGACCCUUCAUAUGAAGACAUGUUGCAGGUAGUGUGUGUGAAAGGCCUGCGGCCCACGUUGUCCAACAGGUGGAACAGUGACGAGUGUUUGAGGGCUAUGGUGAAGCUGAUGUUAGAGUGCUGGGCCCAAAAUCCUCAAUCACGCCUCACUGGUCUACGGGUCAAGAAAACAUUAGCCAAAAUGGUGGAAUUGCAGGACAUCAAAAUCUGAGCCAUGUCCGAAUGGAGUUUGUUUAACAAGGCCAGUCAGAGACAGGAUCAAGCCUCGUCCGGUUGAACACGGGCUACGAGAGAUCAAACUUCGAUGCCGUCUUUGCUCCUUCCAUGCUUGACCUCUGGAGAGCACACGGAGCCAGUUUUUUUUUUGUUGUUGUUGUUGUUGUUUUUGUUUUGCUUUCUGUGAAAGCUGUACGAUCACAGGCUUCGAACAGAUUCAGACUGCAGCUGGGAAUCUUCUAGAAGUCUUGGGAUGGACAAACUGACCUUUCUGCCUUACACACCAAGCUAUAUGUUUCUGUGUCAGCUUUGUAUGUAUUUGUCUGGGAUGAACCUCGAUUCCUGCCAUAUGGAAAAACAUUUGUGACUUUUUGCCAAGCGCAAUUAUACAUAGACUUGUAAAUAAAAUUGUAAUGAUAGACUGCACAAGCUUAAAAAAAAGAAAUGUUCUACUAAUAGUGGUCCAUAGGGCCAGACACUUCAAACUGUCAUGAAAGAGUUCCCCGUGUAUGUAUGUUGAGUUUAGUUAACACUAAUGUAGAUAGUGCAUAGUGGUCAAAGAGUUCACACUGGCUGCUAUUAGACUUGUAUCAAGAAAUAUUCUUCCACUGCAAGACUAAAUCCUGUAUUUUUCAGUAUUUUAAGGGAAUAUUUAGAUUUGUUUUUGUUUUUUUUCUUAAAUGGCAAUUUGUUUUAGAUGUCAGUCUCGUGGAAAACUCUAGGAGGCCAUGUAUGGACUUCCUGUUAGAAUAAAAUUAACAUUUAUAGACCAUGUGAACAGAAAUACGAAAGAAAACACCAGCCUUACUUUACCUUUAUUGGUUUUCCCGUGCCACUGAAACAAGUAGUGAAAAACCAUGACAUGGGGUUAUAUGUACUGGAAGUGUAAUCCAACAGUCCUUAUUUUUAGUGCCAGAAUAAUAUUAUGCCUUAUCCAAGUUUGCCAACUGUUCACAAUGUUUUACAAAGGUACAAUUACAGAAAAAAUAAAUGAUAAAGUUCAUGGAAAAAUUUUGCUUUAAAAAUAUAAAUAUGUAAAAAAUACGAUUGGGAUAAAAGGCAAAAACCACAUCAAUAUACAAUACAAUAAAAUAUACAGAAAACAGUUGCUGCGUAAGCAAUGUGUGCACUCUUUGGCUAGAAGAGAAUAUUUUGGAAAAGCAGAAAGUUGUUUUUAUUUAAUUGUUGUUAUUUUAAUUUGGAACGGCUUGUCUGUUGUUCAUUUACAUUCGCUAACCUUUUCACUUGCUCGAGGAAUUAGAGCUGUGAUUCCUGACCCGUCUGUUUACUCCUGUUUUCCAUUGAAAAUGACACACGUUAACAUAAUGAACUAGCACCUCUAACAUGAUGUAGAUAUUUAAAUGUUGCAUUGCCCUGCCCUGCCCUGCCCUGCCCUCUGCUAAUAAAAGUUAUGAGUUGGUAUAGAAUUAUUACACACCUUUUUUAAAGUAACUUCUGGUUGAAUGGGUGCCUUAUGAGUUUGCCAAGAAAAUGCAAAUACCCUACAUGAUGCUUGUCCAAUGUAUUCGUUUUAAGUAAAUAUUUACUAUAUGAA